AUGGAUGAAAACACAGCUCCAAAGGUCCCAUAUACCUACCUGCUUUCUGAUGGUAUUGUGAGGGAUUCACAGCCUGUCAAAGCUGUCACCUCGUGCAGGCUUGACAUCUACUUGUUUCCAUUUGACAUUCAGAACUGCACUUUAACCUUCAACUCAUUCACACUCAAGAGUAAUGCUCUGCAGCUUUAUCUGACAGGGACUUCAGAGAGUAUGUUUGAAAACUCUAAAUCUAAGAUGGCAACCAUGGGUGAAUGGGAAUUAAUAGGAAUUGCAGCAAAGAAAUACACACUACCGUCUACAGUAUCGGGCUUUUAUGAUGAAAUUCGCUUCCAAAUCUCAUUGCGGCGCCAGGCCAUGCUGUACGUAGUGAACCUCCUGCUCCCCAGCUGCUUCCUCAUCACUGUGGACCUCUUCAGCUUCCUCCUGCCUCCCAAUGAUGUCGACCGCUCUUUGUUCAAGAUGACACUAAUCCUGGGCUACACCGUCUUCCUGCUCAUAAUGAAUGAUCUGCUGCCUGUUACUGGAAAUGCCAUACCUCUCAUAAACGUUUUCCUGUCUAUGUGCCUGACUAUGAUGGUGGGCAGUCUACUGGAAACUAUUGUCGUUACAAGCUUCCUGCAUGGUUCCUCUAACUAUUCUCGAGCUCCUCGUUGGAUCAGAGUGCUUUUUCUUAAAAUCCUGGGUCGACUAGUAUGCCUUCCUCCAAAGCCCAGAGAUCGAAACGACACAGUGAUCCAAAAUCCGGUCACACAGGAAAUGCCAGUCUACUCUCCAGUGACAGAGGAAUCCAAGACUCUGGAGCAGAAGGGGCCACUGAGUGAGGACAAAGCCCUGCAAGAGCUGAGGAGCCUGGGCAGAGUCCUCCAGGCCAUCCGCCUUCAGGUGGAGCAGCAUCUGAGCAAAAGCCUGAGCACAGAGGAAUGGAUCCAGAUAGGUUUAAUCAUAGACCGCCUGCUGUUCAUCCUUUACAUCAUCUUCAUAACAGUCAGCUUCAUUACCAUCAUCAUUAUCUGGGUGGUUUCAUACAAUGCAGCCUAA